CAUAGACGCGUCCUUGAUCUCAUAUCCAAAGUGUUCCUUCCCGCUGGUUACCCCGAUUCCGUGUCUCCAGACUACCUUCGAUAUCAAAUAUUAAAUGCCUUGCAAGCGUUUUGUAAUUCUUUGGCGGGACUUCUAUCAUCUAGGGCGAUCCUUGAAGGAUUCGGAGUUGGAGAUCCAUCUGCGACAGCAACGAAUGCUCUACUUCUCACUGUCUUGCAAGACGUUUUCAGCCGGUUGACAACCAUUGUCGCGGCCCACAUAUUGGGAUCUUCCCUCGCACCCGACGCGAAGAAAUACCGACUCCUUGCCGACAUGCUCAACGACGCCGCCGUAAUUCUGGACACAAUUUCACCUCGUCUCGACACGCUUUUCUUUCCCGGUCUGCGAGUUGCAGCAUUAUGCCUCAGCGCAUUGUUCAGAUCUCUUUGCGCCAUCUCAGCGGGGGGCUCCAAGGCUUCCAUCAGUUUGCAUUUCGCUACACCGCUUAAAGGUACAGGCGACGUAGGCGAUCUUAACGCAAAAGACGCUAGCAAAGAGACUGUCCUUGCUUUGCUCGGUAUGCUGCUGGGUACGCUCAUUGUGCCCCAUUUGACGACGCCAUGGACAAUUUAUGCAACUCUCCUUGUUCUUGUCGGACUCCAUCUCACCAUCAAUUAUAUUGGUGUGCGGGGUCUGGUCCUGCGCACACUGAAUGGACAAAGGACUUGGAUUGCUUGGUCUGCCUAUAUGCGCACACAACCACGUCGUGCCCCAACACCUGUUGAAGUGGCGAGUUUGGAACGUAUAUUUGAACGUCCAGGUGGAUUUAGGGAUCCUAGACGCGGUGUCAUUCUGGGUCACUGUACCAUCGGCUCU